AAAAAAAAACUAAAAUAUGAGACGCACAUUGUUUUCCGCUUCUAAUUGUUGUUGACUCUUGGGUGCGGUCCAAUGCAGUCACGUGACCCACUAUGUAUCUUGUGUUGGUUGUUUGCAAAGUCAGCACUUAUGAGACAGGACUCGGCUACUUGGAUGCAUUAGUGGUUCCGCUCGUGAUUGACAGGCGGAAUUCGGGGAUAGUUGUGGACCAUUUGGGGUGAAAAAGGGCGGUGGCUACUGAUCUGAGGAGCGCGCUAUGAGAGCAGAGGCGGUGUUUAUAUGGAAAUUGUUUUCCCAAGCGAGAUGGUGAAUCUUUUCUUGACUGCAUAAACUAACAUGAAAGAGUCCAUCCAAACCAUGAAGAGCUACCCAGAGAUGAUCGCCUUUCUGGGGCAGUUCGGCCGCUUUCAGCAAAUCGCUUUCUUCCUCCUGUGCAUCAGCAUCGUACCCAACGGCUUCGGCGCCUUUACGCUCGUCUUCCUGGCUGACACGCCGACCCACCACUGCCGGCUGCCCGACGUUAAUCUGACCGACGAUUGGCGCGCUACAGUCAUCCCUGUGCGGGUGGUGAAUGGGAAAGAGGUGCGCAGCAGCUGCAGCAGGUAUCGCCUAGACUUGGUCCAGAACCUGUCAGACAAUGGUUACGACCCAAAGCGGGACGUCAACCUCACCGACCUGGAGGAGGAGAAAUGUGUGGAUGGCUGGAUCUACAGCAAGGACAUCUACCAGUCCACCAUUGUCACUGAGUUCGACCUGGUGUGCGACAACCAAUGGAAGAAACCAUUCACCACCACCAUUUUCUUCGUGGGUAUCCUGAGUGGCUCCUUCUUCGCCGGGCAGCUCUCAGACAAAUAUGGAAGGAAGCCUAUUCUUUUCAUCACGUUGGGGUUCCAGACAGUCUUCAGUUUCAUUCAGGUUUUCUCCGUUUCCUGGGCCAUGUUCACAAUCCUGUUGGUCUUCAACGGCCUGGGACAAAUGUCCAACUACAUGGCGGCGCUGGUAUUGGGCGCAGAGAUCCUGACAGGCAAUGUGCGACUCCUGUACUCAUCUUUGGGCACCUGCUUCGGUUUCGCCACCGGCUACAUGAUCUUGCCUGUGUGUGCUUACUUCCUGAGGGACUGGAAGCAUCUAAUGCUGGCCUUGUCUGUGCCUUGCCUUGUCAUAUUCCCCUUCUGGUGGUUCAUCCCGGAGUCUCCUCGCUGGCUCCUAUGCCAGGGACGAGUAGAGGAAGCCGAGGCCAUUGUGAGAAAGGCGGCCAAGAUGAACAAAGUGAAAGCCCCCGACAUCAUCUUUGAAGACUACUUGCUUGUGGAGAAGCCCAAAGAAUCGGAGAAAAAAGAACUGCACAGCAUCCUGGACCUCGUGAGCAACGUGGAAAUCGGAUUCAUGACAGUGAUUCUCUGCUAUGUAGCGUUUACGAUGUCAGCAGGCUACUACGGCAUUUCUUUUAACGCCACACAGUUCCACGGCAAUGCGUACGUCAGUUGCUUCAUUUCGGGGGCCGUGGAGCUUCCGGCGUACGUGUCUAGCUGGCUGGCUCUACGCUAUGUUUCGCGUCGGAUGUCUGUCAUCGGCACCCUGGUGCUGGUCGCAGUGCCGCUCUACUUCAUACAGCUGGUUCCUGAAGGUUACUCAGGUAUAUCGCUCACUCUGGAGAUGGUGGGAAAAUACGCCAUCACCACGGGCUUUGGGCUGAUGUUUGCCUACACCACCGAGCUGUACCCGACGGCUCUGCGGAACACGGCGGCCGGGAUCUGUAACACGGUGGCGCGGUUUGGAAGCUGCAUUACGCCAUAUUUGCUGGAGCUCAGGUCCUACUCUCAGUUCCUGCCUUACAUCAUACUUGGUAGUCUGGCCGUUUUGGCUGCCUUUGCGACGGUCCUCCUACCAGAGAGCUUCGGGCGACCGCUGCCUGAAUCUGUCGACCAGAUGCAAAAGAGACAGCGCAUCAAGUGCCCAUGUGUUCCAAAGGCAGGGAUUCCUGUUGCUGUAGCGCUUUCGGAAAGUCCUAAAUCCUAAAAAGAGAAAAUGUACUGUUUUGAUCAAAUUUACUUUUGUUGAUGAGAGCUAAAGAUGUUAAAAAGUGGUUACAUGUAAUGUUCCAUUUUCUUGAUAUUUUACAUGGAAAUGUCAUAUCAGGGUGUUUUUAAGUGGAAUUUCUGACUUUAUGUCCUUAAAAACCAAAGUAGCUAAUGUUUACAUGCUGAUACUUUAUGUGAGGACUACCGGUAUAUUGCACUUUGAGGACUGUCCUCAUCUUGCGAUGCGCACAAAAUUUUGGUUACCAUUAUGUUGUCAUUGUAUUUUUUACCUUUCAUGGCAAGCUUCGUUUGUGUGUUGAUUUACCCAAGUUAAAACUUAUUAAAAAAAUCUCAAAACCAAAAUGGAUUGGUUUUGCUCAGGUGUUGUGAGCCUUGUUACAUACAAUCAUUUUAUUAAGUAAAAGCAAUAUCCACUGUUUGUUGCUUUUAAAGUGACAUUAAA